AUGCAAGGGUUUCUGUCCAUUGGCGUGGCUUUUGCCAUCAUGACACAGGGCACUACUGCCGCUGCUAACAGUGCGAUCGCAUCAUGGUAUGGCGGCAACUUGAACGGAGGCAAUUGCCUGUUCUCCGGCUACACUCUCCCAUCAAGUGUUCUUGGUACUGCUCUGUCGUAUACCAACUACAACGGUAACUGCGGGACUUGUCUCAACGUCAAAGGCCCCAAGGGGAACACGAUCAAGGUGAUGGUUGUCGACAAGUGCCCGGAAGGCUGCAAAGCUGGCCAACUCGAUCUCUUCCCCGAUGCUUUCGCUAAGCUCGACAACCCGGACAAGGGUCUGAUCAACGUCCAGUGGGAACAGGUUCCUUGCGGGAUCACCACACCCCUGGUCGUGCGCAACAAGGAGGGCACGUCUAAGUGGUGGUUCUCCAUGCAAGUGAUGAACCACAACUACCCCGUCACCAAGUUCGAAGUCAGUGCCGACGGCGGCAAGACCUGGCAGAACACCGCUCGUCAAGACUACAACUACUGGCAAAAGAGCAGCGGCGAUGGCUUCGGCGUUGAUACUGUCAGUGUCCGUGUCACUUGUUCCAACAACAAACAGGUUGUCAUCAACAAUGUCGGCACUCAGGAAAAGGCCCAGUUCAAGGCUUCCGGCAAUUGCUAA